AUGCAGCCCAACUGGAUGGAAGACCCGAGCGAGCAGCCGAACAAGGCGGCCAAGCCCACGAAAAACGUCCCUGUCGAGGACAAGGGCUACCCCACCGGCGACAUCGACGAGAUCUGGGAGCCUCGCCCGGGAAAGAAGGAUUCGCUCUGGCGAACCGUCCUCGGCGUCGAUCCUCCCAACGCACACACCAAGAUGGUCAACAGCGACUCAUUCGGCCACCUGCCUCUCGCCGGCGGCGAGGAGGAAGCCAACGACUUCUUGCGCGAUAAGUGGGAGGCGCACAGGCGAACCAGCCUCGACGCCGCCAACCGCGAGAAGGAGGUUCGCUCCGUCGUCGCCGCCGCCGGCCUCUCAGGAGUCAAACCCGGCGGUAUCUACUCCGUCGCCAGCGGCGGUAAAUCCGGCUCCGGCGGCAGGGUCGACCCGUGGCGCUCCGUGUUCGAUCCCAACAGUAACCCGGCGAUGAAAAAUACCGGCGCGUCCAAGUUCGACAAACCCGCCGACGGAGCCAAGCCCAUGUCCGUGAUGGACUACAAGAUCGCCGCGGACGCCAGCGGUAAGAGUCGCAACUGGUCCGAGGGGAUCUUCUGA